CCCUGGGCCGAACCAGGAUGUUGGGGGGGCGCGGGUCCUGGGCUUGGGUAGCUGGAGGCCCUCCGCUACAGCCAUGAGUGAAGGAGAACGGCGAGGGGGAGGCCUUGGGCAUCUUUGGGCGGCGGGUGGCUCCGAAGGGCUGGCGGGCCGGAGAGCCGGCUCCAGGCCGGCAAUCUGACCAGUAUCUUCCCCGAACUCGCAGAGCGGCGGGUCCUGUCCUCGCCAUGAGGCCGCAGCAGGCGCCGGUGUCCGGGAAGGUGUUCAUUCAGCGAGACUACAGCAGUGGCACACGCUGCCAGUUCCAGACCAAGUUCCCCGCGGAGCUGGAGAACAGGAUUGAUAGACAGCAGUUUGAAGAAACAGUUCGAACUCUGAAUAACCUUUAUGCAGAAGCGGAGAAGCUUGGAGGCCAGUCGUAUCUUGAGGGCUGUUUGGCUUGUUUAACAGCAUAUACCAUCUUCUUAUGCAUGGAAACUCAUUAUGAGAAGGUCCUGAAGAAAGUCUCCAAAUACAUUCAAGAACAGAAUGAGAAGAUAUAUGCUCCCCAAGGCCUCCUCCUAACAGACCCCAUUGAGAGAGGACUCCGAGUUUUUAGAUUGAAAUCACCAUCUAUGAAGACAGAAGUGUGAGCAGUGGAAGAUAAACCACAGAAUUAAAGAUCCCACCUCCAGUUGGGACCUUCGUCUAUCCACUGGCUGAUGGCAGAGUGUCCCUACCUCCUCUCCAGAGCGAUAUUCUCUCGUAUCUGCUACCAGAACCGCGGUGCCACACCCGGAGUGACCACUCUUCACUCAGCAUACACUUUGUGUCUCCAAUUGUGUAGGACUGUGUACUCUUUUGAUUUGUUUCCAAGAAAAUUCAAGGAAGCAUUUCACUUUUUAAAAUUCAAAGCCAUUUAAAAAAUAGGCAGUUGGUCAACCCAAGACAAAGUCUUUUUUCUUACCUGACACUGGUAUCACUGGGUCUCCUCAUCUCUUGGGCCAGUUUCCUAGGUGGCUUUAUAAUUCCCCAAGUCAUAUCUUAGCUCAGUUAUUCCCCCCAC